AUGUCGGGCCUCGACGUAGAGGCGUUGCUUGACGCCACCGCGAAAAGCUCAACCGAGAACAAGACACACGAUGUUGACGAACGUCCCAACGGCGACCGUCCUGAGCGCAGGGAGCGCGAUCGCGCCCGCGAUGGAAGCCGCGAUCGGGACUAUGACCGUCGUCGCCGAGACCGCGACCGCCGCGACCGGAGCACGACACGAAGCCGUCGCGGGACUCCGGACGACAUCAAGGCAUCUACCCCUCGAAGCGACGCGGGCAGCCACAAGAGUAGGCGGAGAAGCAGAAGCCGCGAUGAUGACCGCCGUCACUCACGUCGUCACAGAGGAGAUGGUGAUUACUACAGAGGCGGACGAGCCCGCUCCCGCUCUCGCUCGCCCCACCGCUCUUACCGCUCAUCCCGCGAUGAUUACCGCGAACGCCGCGAACGAUCCGAUCGCUACUCUGGGGACCAUCGCCGGGCAAAGGAUGAUGAUCGUCCAGAGGCCUCUUCUAAGCGUGAGGCUACACCACAACUUACUGAAGAUGAACGGGAUCGCCGCACUGUUUUUGUCCAGCAGCUCGCCGCCCGUCUUCGCACACGCGACCUGAAGGCGUUUUUUGAAAAGGUCGGCCCUGUCACCGAGGCCCAGAUUGUCAAGGACCGUAUCAGCCAGAGAUCCAAGGGAGUCGGUUACGUUGAAUUUAAGAACGAGGACUCUGUCACCCAAGCUCUUCAACUUACUGGACAGAAAUUGCUAGGUAUCCCUAUCAUUGUUCAGAUGACGGAGGCCGAGAAGAACCGUCAGGUUCGCACCACCGAAACCACAGCCGCUCACCCAAACUCCAUCCCCUUCCACCGACUUUAUGUGGGCAACAUUCACUUCAACGUCACCGAGCAGGACUUACAGGCCGUCUUUGAACCCUUCGGCGAGCUUGAGUUCGUUCAGCUCCAGAAGGACGAUAACGGACGCAGCCGAGGCUAUGGCUUCGUACAAUACCGCGAAGCCAGCCAAGCCAGAGAGGCCCUUGAGAAGAUGAACGGAUUCGAUCUUGCUGGUCGUCCGAUUCGCGUUGGCCUCGGAAACGAUAAGUUUACCCCUGAGAGCACUGCCAACAUAUUGCAGAGAUUUCCUGGCCAAAACCCGCAGUAUCAGGGCUCUGCAUUCUCUGGCGCGGGCGGUCGCGGCCCUCAGACAUCGGCGUUCGAUCGUGCGGGUGGCAGAGACAGCGAGAAGUCUGGCGGCGCUAGCGCCCUCGACGACACUGACGUCGCCGGCGUCAAUUUUAACAACUACAGCCGUGAUGCCCUGAUGAGAAAGCUUGCCAGGACUGACGAUGCUUCCAACGGAGUAGAUGAGCGACAGUUGCUGAAGCCCAAGACCGAGACCAAGCCUCUGCCUGUCAACGUCAACAUGGCCAGCCGAUGCGUCGUCUUGCACAACAUGUUUGAUCCCGAAGAGGAAGAGGGCGACGAUUGGGUCAAGGAGUUGGAGGAUGACGUCCGACAGGAGGCAGAAACCAAAUACGGCCGCGUAGUCCACAUCUCCGUCGACCCGAACUCUAAGGGUGACAUUUACCUGAAGUUCGACAAGGUCCAAGGUGGCGAGAAUGCUAUCAGAGGUCUUAACGGCCGAUACUUCGGAGGCAGGAUGAUCGACGCGUCACCUGUUGUAGAUGCCGUCUACAGCAGUUUGUUCUCUCGCACAAGAGCGAUCUGA